GCUCGAGUGGGAGUCGAAUCUUCUCCGGAACCGUUUGCUUUCAUUUCUGCACGAGUCCGUCGCGCGCCGUUUCCUUGUCUUCGCUCCGUACCAAAACAAAGUCGCGCGCUUCGCUCGGUAACGUUCGCGCAUCUCCAAAGAAUUAUUCGGUGUCCCGUGUGAAAAGGCGGUGAAUAAAGCCAGGGAAAGAUGAGUGUGGAGGCGUACGGCCCGAGCUCACAGACGCUCACCUUCCUGGACACGGAGGAAUCGGAGCUGCUUGGGGCCGACACGCAGGGCUCCGAGUUCGAGUUUACCGACUUCACGCUACCCAGUCAGACCCAAACCCAGGGCCAGACCCAGAGUCAACUUGACAACCAGGUGAACGGACCUGAUGGAGGUCUGCCCAAUGGAGAGGAUGCAGUGGCGACGACCGUCCAACUACUGGCCGAUCUGAAUUUUGAGGAGGAUGAGGAAGAUACUUACUACACUAAAGACCUGCCGGUGCACGCCUGCAGCUAUUGCGGCAUCCAUGAUCCAGCAUGCGUGGUUUAUUGCAACACCAGCAAGAAGUGGUUUUGCAACGGUCGUGGUAACACCUCUGGCAGUCACAUUGUGAAUCAUUUAGUGAGGGCCAAAUGUAAGGAGGUGACCCUGCAUAAGGAUGGCCCGCUGGGCGAGACCGUUCUGGAGUGUUAUAACUGUGGGUGUCGUAACGUCUUCCUGCUUGGCUUCAUCCCAGCUAAAGCGGAUUCUGUUGUGGUUCUUCUGUGCAGGCAGCCGUGUGCCAGUCAGAGCAGUCUGAAGGACAUUAAUUGGGACAGUUCUCAGUGGCAGCCUCUCAUUCAGGACCGGUGCUUUCUGUCCUGGCUUGUGAAGAUCCCAUCCGAGCAGGAGCAGCUGAGAGCUCGUCAGAUCACCGCCCAGCAGAUCAACAAACUCGAGGAGCUCUGGAAGGAAAACCCAACAGCCACCCUGGAGGAUCUGGAGAAACCCGGAGUGGAUGAAGAACCUCAGCAUGUUUUGCUGCGAUACGAGGACGCCUAUCAGUACCAGAACAUUUUCGGGCCACUCGUCAAACUAGAGGCCGAUUAUGACAAGAAACUCAAAGAGUCCCAAACUCAAGAUAAUAUAACAGUCAGGUGGGACUUGGGGCUGAAUAAAAAGCGGAUAGCUUAUUUCACUCUGCCCAAGACGGAUUCAGGUGACAUGCGACUGAUGCAGGGCGAUGAGAUCUGUCUGCGCUAUAAAGGAGACAUGGCUCCACUCUGGAAAGGGAUUGGACAUGUCAUCAAAGUCCCCGACAAUUAUGGAGACGAGAUAGCCAUCGAGCUGCGGAGCAGUGCUGGAGCACCUGUGGAAGUGCCACACAACUUCCAGGUGGACUUUGUCUGGAAGUCCACAUCUUUUGACCGAAUGCAGAGCGCCCUCAAGACGUUUGCUGUGGAUGAGACGUCUGUGUCUGGCUAUAUCUACCACAAGCUGUUGGGUCAUGAGGUGGAGGAUGUGAUCAUCAAAUGCCAACUGCCUAAACGUUUCACUGCACAGGGCCUGCCAGACCUCAAUCAUUCACAGGUUUACGCAGUGAAGACCGUUCUGCAGAGACCUCUCAGUCUGAUCCAAGGACCUCCGGGAACUGGCAAGACCGUGACCUCGGCCACCAUCGUCUACCAUCUGGCCAGACAGGGCAAUGGCCCAGUGCUUGUAUGUGCUCCGAGUAACAUCGCAGUGGACCAGCUAACCGAGAAGAUCCAUCAGACGGGGUUGAAGGUCGUGCGUUUGUGUGCUAAGAGUCGUGAGGCCAUAGACUCACCCGUGUCUUUCCUGGCUCUCCACAACCAGAUCCGCAACAUGGACAGCAUGCCAGAGUUACAGAAACUGCAGCAGCUGAAGGAUGAGACCGGCGAGCUGUCGUCAUCAGAUGAGAAACGAUACCGAGCUCUCAAACGAACCGCUGAAAGAGAACUGCUCAUGAAUGCAGAUGUGAUCUGUUGCACGUGUGUUGGAGCGGGUGAUCCUCGUCUGGCUAAGAUGCAGUUCCGCUCCAUUCUCAUCGAUGAGAGCACCCAGGCCACGGAGCCCGAGUGCAUGGUGCCAGUGGUGCUCGGGGCUAAACAGCUGAUUCUGGUGGGUGAUCAUUGUCAGCUGGGUCCUGUGGUCAUGUGUAAGAAAGCAGCUAAAGCGGGUCUGUCUCAGUCCCUGUUCGAGAGGCUGGUGGUUUUGGGCAUCAGACCCAUCCGUCUGCAGGUGCAGUAUCGCAUGCAUCCAUCGCUCAGUGCUUUCCCUUCCAACAUCUUCUAUGAGGGAUCGCUGCAGAACGGAGUCACUGCCGCUGAUCGAAUCAAGAAAGGCUUUGAUUUCCAGUGGCCUCAGCCGGAUAAGCCCAUGUUCUUCUACGUGACUCAGGGUCAGGAGGAGAUUGCUAGCUCUGGCACGUCCUACCUCAACAGGACUGAAGCAGCUAAUGUGGAGAAGAUCACCACGCGUCUGCUAAAGGCCGGAGCCAAACCGGACCAGAUCGGCAUCAUCACGCCAUAUGAGGGCCAGCGCUCGUACCUUGUGCAGUACAUGCAGUUUAGCGGCUCACUCCACACCAAACUCUACCAGGAGGUGGAGAUCGCCAGCGUUGACGCCUUUCAGGGAAGAGAGAAGGACUUCAUCAUCCUGUCUUGCGUCAGAGCUAAUGAACAUCAGGGCAUUGGUUUCCUUAAUGAUCCACGGCGUCUCAAUGUGGCACUAACCAGAGCCAGGUACGGUGUGAUCAUUGUGGGAAAUCCUAAGGCUCUCUCCAAACAGCCUCUCUGGAAUCAUCUGCUGAAUUAUUAUAAAGAGCAGAAGGUCCUGGUGGAGGGGCCGCUCAACAAUCUGAGAGAGAGUCUCAUGCAGUUCAGUAAACCACGCAAGCUUGUCAACACCAUCAACCCUGGUGCCCGGUUCAUGAGUACUGCCAUGUAUGAUGCAAGAGAGGCCAUGAUUCCUGGAUCGGUGUAUGACCGCAGUAGCACUGGACGUCCAUCUAAUAUGUACUUCCAGACCCACGACCAGGUUGGAAUGAUCGGAACCGGGCCGAACCCAAUGGGUUCCCUGAACAUCCCUAUCCCGUUCAACCUUGUUAUGCCACCCAUGCCUCCGCCCGGGUACCUGGGCCAGGUGAACGGACCGGCUGCAGGUAAGGCAACAUCAGAGUCAUGUACAACAGCAGUUUAUUUGAACUGUAAAGAUGUGACAAUCUAUUCUCUCUCUUGCUCAGGACGUGGUGCACCUAAAGGCAAGACCGGAGGUCGUGGAGGUCGUCAGAGAAACCGGGGCACAGGUAACCACGGGAGCGGGCAGGCCAACAUGCCGAGCAGUCAGGCGAGUCAGGAUCUGGUAUCACAGCCGUUCUCUCAGGGUCCUCUGACCCAGGGUUACAUCACUAUGAGCCAGCCUUCACAGAUGAGCCAGCCUGGACUGUCCCAGCCUGAGCUCUCACAGGACAGCUAUCUGGGUGAUGAAUUCAAGUCCCAGAUGGAUGUGGCGCUCUCCCAGGAUUCCACCUAUCAGGGUGAACGGGCUUACCAACACGGAGGAGUGACGGGACUCUCACAGUACUAGAGUGUUGUUGGAACAAGAGCUAGGCCUGUGCUGAGCUUAGUUCAUCAGCAUUUUAAAUAUGGGUAAAUAUAAAAAAAGAACAAACAUGGAUGCCCGUUUACCACUGUUACAACUGAAGCACCAUGAUGUGGGAGCAACAGGAGAGAAUCUAACCAAUCACAGGAGGGAGCGAAGCUGGACAGGAGGUGAAGAGAACGUAAGAAUGGAGGUCUACAUCCGCCAUUCGUUGAGGAUGAGGAGGAGGAGGAGAGGGGAGACGCAGUGUUAGGAGGAGACGAAACACGAGAUCUUCGAUCUACAACUCCGCAAUGUGGAGGAGGCUCCAAGAGUGCAGGGGCCCUUCCAGGCCCCUCUAUCUCUCUCUCUCUCUAUCUCUCUCUCUCUCUCGCCUGGCUAUGAACGCCAGCCUCAGGCCUCGCCCUGCCAACCAGAGACGGAGCAAAGAUGAAGUUCUCUUAAAACUACCUGCAAAAACCACGCGUGCUGUCGUCUCCACGAGCUGAGAGAGGGGGUGUGACAUAUUUACAAAUAAUUACAAACGCUUUUAAGCAGCUGAAUUUGGGAAAAUAAAGUUCCCCUCAAAGUUGACAUCUUACAUUCAGGUUCUAUCACCGGACAUCUUGGAGGUCAGGGAUACCUGCGGCAAAAGUUUUGAGUUUGGUUUGGUUUCGGAGAGAUCAAGAAGGAGGUCUCCUCUCAAUCGAUGGUGCUAGGACGCUCUGAAGAGGGAUUCAACUUUGAGGAAAGUUUACCGCCUGACGUCUGGGUGGGUCGAAGUUCUGUAACGGAGGGCCCGUCGCAUCUUUAGUCGCUCUACGCCAAGUCAUUCGAAAAGAAAAUGGGUUGUAUAACAUAACAUGGUUUCGGGAAUUUUUCUUUUUGUUUCUUUUAAAUGUUUGUCUCUGGAGAGCUGACGUGGAAGAGCCUGACAGAUUUGUCCUUAUUUUCCCUCUUUCAUUUUAAAAGGUUUUUGUUCAACUAGAAUAAAAGCAAUGAGGUAGAAUUACGCUUGAUUUAGAUGUGACUUCUUAAUAUCUUCUUAUAAAAAUCAAUUAAGUCCCCAAACAGAUGGAGUCGAGAGGCGAGACUUGUGUAAGAUCAUUUUAAAUCUGUAGCGAAACAACUACUGAUUAAAUGACGACGACUCGAUGCCGUGUAAAUCGGUAAUCAUCUCGCAACACGGACAGAUACGCAGUUAACCCCUCCCACUGCAGUUCUGUCCAAUCAGAGUGACGCAUGUCAUUAUAGAAAUGUCCAAAAGGCUUUAAUCAAAGGUGUGAAAAGAUGAGUUGCGCCUCAAAGAAAGCGAAAGGAUAUCGCAGCACCAAAUGAAGGACAGACAGGUGAGAUUCUCGCUGUUUUUGUGUCUGACUGUAAGAGACGAUGUCUUGCGCUCUUAUAUUAUGAUGAUGAUGUCAGUGAGAUCGGGCAGAAACGAACACUGCCCCAGAGGAGUGCGUGCGUGCGUGCGUGUGUGUCUUUGUGUUAUCAGACAGCCCUCCCUCAUUAUUAUUGUGUUGUGAUAGAUGUAGUUUUGCGUUGUUUUCCCUCUGUUCAAGUUGUUAAUUUGCUUUUUUCCUUCUUAGUAACUCAUUUAAAUAUUAUUUGUAUGAUCUGGUUUUCAUGUAACCUCUCUCUCUCUCUCUCAGUGUGGAAGUUGCUCCUAAUUUCAACUUCUUCUUUUUUUUGGUUUCGAAGGACCAGCUGAGUUUUGUGGCAGCUUUAACAUCUGUUGCACUCACUUCAACUUUGUACUUUUACUUGGGAGUGUUUAUACUUUGCUGUUACUCCAUACUUACAGUUGACUGUUUGAUAUUACUGAAGUACCGCAACAUGCAUUUUAUAACCUUAAAUUCCUUUUAAAUUUACACUCUUUGCCUGAAACUAGUUUUUUUUGCUUCAUCUUUCUUUACCCACGAGACAAUCAAAAUCCGUUCAUAAUCGAUGCGCAGGUUGCAAAAAAUGUUAAAUAAAUGUUUAAUAGUUCUGAGCAUGUAUGCGUGUCUCUGACUGCUCUACUCUCUUUUCCAUAUUUAACUUUCUCAUUUUAAAAUAAACUUUAACAUUUCUUUAUUCUUAGUUUAGUUUACAUUGCAUAAAUUAACUGUAAAUAUCAGUGAUUAGAUUUGACAUGAUGCCAAAUUAUUGAGGAUACGAGGUCAAUACUAACAUUUAACAACAUGGCCACUGUGAUUUGUGACGUAUUUCAGUUCUGAUUUAGAGUUUGAAGAGAUUGGAAAAACACAGGAAAGUUGCAUUGAGUUAUCAAUAUCUGAUUGACACAUCAUACUGAUUUUACUGUAUAGCCUGCAUUGAAGAGAAACAAAAUGAUUAUAACAUUUGGAUAUGAAGAAUACACGGGUCAAUGACAUGUUAUGCAUAUUUUUGUGUCUGGGGGCAUUAUGUACAAAGUAACUUGAUAUGUUUAUGAUGUCACUUUUUAUUAUAUAAAACCUGUUUAGUUUAGUUUUAAUACACAAAUAAAUAAAUAUAUCAUUGAUAUAACUAAAUGAUCAAACUUGUAAAAUGGCAGAUGGGGCAACUGUCCGUACAAAUUAGCAAUUUAAGACAACUAUUAAAAUGGUGUUUAAAUUAAGAAAAUUAAAUAUAAGAUACAUGAGCAUUAUUUUAACUUUUCGUUUAAAAAAAAAUUGAUGAAUAUUAGUUGUUGGGAUGUUAGAAUAGUUGAAAAACUUUUGUUCAACAGUUUGAUGUUUUUCGAUAUCAAAGUAGUACAACUGCAAUCAUUGGCGUUUUAUUAAGAAGAUAACAAGUAUAAACCGUAAACAUAUCACAUCAUCCAUUGAAAGCCAGGUGGUCUUUAUGGCUGAAUAAAAUUUGUAGAUUUACCUUAAAUACUGAAAAAAAAAACAGCUACUUAAAUGUAAUGGGUAGGCUGGUUUUGUGUCAGGUGGUACAACCAAUGUAAAAGUUAUCAAACACAUAUGAAUUGUAUUUAAGAAGGAUAUUUAUGAAUUUGACAUCAAAGGCAAAAGCUUAUACCAUCAAGUGGAAGUCCGUUAAAUGUAAAUUCAUUGCAGAGGUCAGGUGGUGAUACCAGAAAGUCAAAGGGUGCUAUGAAUGCCCCUAAGAAAUAAAAUGCAUUAAGACCCAAUAAAUUUAAUAAGAUAAUAAUGUUAGUUUUAAUAAAUGCAAGCAAAGGUUGUCUAUAAAUGUUAUUAUGUUUUUAAAAAUAUUAUUGUUCUUAAAUUUAGUUCUCAAACGUUAGUUUUAAAUUUUAAAUGCCACUAUCAAAUAAACAAUCAGCAUGGCACAAGGAGUGCAUUCAAACUUAUCUGGCAAAUAGACAAUGAAUGGUUGUACCACCUGGAAUGUUCAACAAACAAAACUUUUUAAACGCAUUGUUCCUGACUCAAAAAUAUGCAUUACAUCUAUUUUAAAAAGAUUUUUUACAUUUUUAGGAGCCUGUUUUGUCAUUGACCCAAACAUCAGGAUUUUGUUUUGUGGAAAGAAUAAUCACACCCACAGAAUGUACAUGUAACGUUACAAAUAAAUGUUCCUUUCUUUCACCCAA